AUGGAAAAUUACUAUGAUCUGCUUGGAGUAAAGCCAGACUGCACAGAAAAGCAGUUGAAAAAAGCUUACAAGUAAAUCAUAAAUUAGAGAAAAAGCUUUAAAGCAUCAUCCAGAUAAAACACAAUCAACGUCUUCUGAUCUGUUUCAAGCCAUCCAGAAAGCAUAUGAAUUUUUGAAAAAUCCUGAAAAUAGAAAUACUUAUAAUGCUGCUUUAAUAGCAAAUGAAGAAAGAGAAAAAAGAUUAUCAUCAGCUUCUAGUAGAGUAAAAAAAUUCAGAGAAGAACUGCUAAAGAAAGAAAAAGAAGCCAAAGAUUCACUCUUAAAUAAAAAUUAUAAUAUUCCUGCAAAAAGAUAUGCAAAUGAAGAAAAGCCAGAAGAAUAUCCUUCAUCUACAGAUUUUCUCGGUAGCUAUAUUAUAAAAGCUAAAUGAGAUGAAAGUCGAGGAUACACCGAAUCAAUACUGAGAUCAAUUUUUGAGGAGUAUGGCCCUAUAGCAAAAAUCGACAUGAAAAAAUCUAAGGCAAUUAUUCAUUUCUGCAGUGAAGGAUCAUCUGUAAUUGAUAAUUAGUUUAGCAAAGAGCUAUUUCUACUCCUCCUAAUGAAUUUCAAGUUUCAAGAUUAAAGCAGCAUAAGAUAUGAAAUCUAACAAAAAAGCAAAAAAUAGAUGAAGAAAUAAAGGUUGGCUUCGAAAGCAAAAGCGAUUUAGUUGCUAAAAGGAUGAAAAUUUUGCAGGAAAAACUAAAGUCUCGCCAUUAA